AGCAUUUUCGUUACAUCCCUAGGCCGCGUCGAGAAAUGUCAGUUAUUGCAAUUUGAUUUGAGUUUGACGAGUUUGACAUAAAUCUCAGUAAAAUAAAUACACGGUGAUUGUCACAAAUCGAAGCCGAUUUCGAGCUACCGUUAGAAAUAUUCCUUCGUCCGGAAUCAGCUGGGCAUCGGAUGCACAGCGCCGGAGACAUGCACGGGCAGGCCGGCGGCGGCGGGCGGGCGGCGCGCCGGGCCGGGGCGCUGUAGCGGGCGGGCGACAUGGCGGGCCAGGCGAGCCAGGCCGGGCGUUCGGGCGUGCGGAGCAGUGCGCGCCUGAGCGCUGGCGGCGGCGCGGCGGCGGCGGCGGCGGGCGGCGAGGAGCAGCGGCGCGCGGCGGCCGAGCUGCGCCGAGCGCGCGCCGCCCGCGCCGCCGAGCGCGCUCGCGAGGUGGAGGACAGCCCGCAGGAGCUGCGCGACAAGUGCCGCCGCCUGGCUCGCGCGCUGCGCGACGCCAAACACCUCGUGGUGUACACCGGCGCCGGCAUCAGCACGGCGGCCGACAUCCCCGACUACCGCGGGCCGCGCGGCGUGUGGACGCGGCUGCGGCGCGGCGAGCGCGUGGCGCGCGUGGAGGUGGCGCGCGCGCGGCCCACCUUCACGCACAUGGCGCUGUCGGCGCUGUGGGCGCGCGGCGCGCUCAAGUUCGUGGUCUCGCAGAACUGCGACGGGCUGCACGUGCGCGCCGGCCUGCCGCGCCGCGCGCUGGCCGAGCUGCACGGCGACAUGUUCGCCGAGCGCUGCGCCGCCUGCCGCCGCGUCACGCUGCGCGCCUUCGACACCACGCCGCGCACGGCGCGCCACGCGCACGGCACGCGCCGCCUGUGCCACGCCUGCGGCGCCGAGCUGCAGGACUCCAUCGUGCACUUCGGCGAGCGCGGCCGCGCCGCCUGGCCGCUCAACUGGGCCGGCGCGCUGCGCCACGCCGCCGCCGCCGACGUGGUGCUGUGCCUGGGCUCCAGCCUCAAGGUGCUGCGCCGCUACCCGCGCCUGUGGCGCAUGCAGGGCGCGCCCGCCUCGCGCCCCGCGCUCUACAUCGUCAACCUGCAGUGGACGCCCAAGGACGCCGUCGCCGCGCUCAAGAUCAACGCGCGCUGCGACGACGUCAUGGCGCAGGUGGCGCGCCGCCUGCGCCUGCGCGUGCCGCGCUACUCGCCGCGCGCCGACCCGCUGCUGGCGCACGCCGAGCCGCUGGCGCCACCCGAGGCGCACACGGCGCCGCCCGCGCCGCCGCCGCCGCCCGCGCCCGCCGCCGACGAGUACUACUCGCUGUCGUCACCCUCCGCCUCCGACUCGGACGACGACGUGCCGCUGCGCCGCCUGGCCGAGCGCCUGCGCGCUCCGCCCGCGCCGCCCGCGCCGCCCGCGCCCGGCCUGCGCGCCUUCCGCGUGGCCAUGCAGGCCGGCGAGACCACCAUCCUGCUGCGCGCGCGCCACGCGCCGCCGCCGCCGCCGCCCGCGCCCGCCAGCGCGCUGCGCCGCUUCCGCAUGGUGCGCCCGCCCAACGGCGCGCUCAACGGCCACCGCCCGGACCUCAAGACCGAGCCGCCGCCCGAGGCCGAGCCGAAGGCCGAGCCGAAAGCCGAGCCUGGCGACGCGUGGACGCUGGGCUCGCAGCUGCGGCGCCUGCUGGAGCUGCCGCCGCUGCGCGCGCCGGAGGCGGAGGACGGCGCGGCGGCGGCGCUGGCGGCCGCCAUCUUCCAGCGCGCCGUGCUGCUGUGCCGCGCGCACCUGUACCCCGGGCUGCACACCAUCAUCCCCCCGGCGCCCGCGCCGCCCGCGCCGCCCGCCGAGUGCGCGUGGUGCCUGCGCCGCUACGCCGCGCGCCGCUGCCUGUGGUACGGGCCGCCGCUGCGCACGCCGCCCGAGCGCCGCGCGUGGCGCCGCGAGCGCGGCCGCCGCUACCUGUGCGCGUGCUGCGGCGACGCGGGCGAGGAGGCGGAGGCGGGCGCGGGCGCGGGGGCGGAGGGCGGCGGCUGGUACGGCAAGGGCUACCGCAAGGGCCGCCGCAAGCGCCGGUAGCGCGCGCAGCGGUCCGUGCGGUGGUCGUGCCAUGAACGCAUGGCGGAGCGGACCUGAGUGAUCGUUCACGUGUGUGCAGUGCCAGUGAGUGCGAGUGUACAGUUACAGCACGGUACAGUACGGUACAGUACAGUACCGUACCGUACACACAGUGACGCGACCGCGAGCCGACUUUGGCGAACAAACAAAUUAGAUUAAGUUAUGUUUAUAAGUAAAUCAUGAAAACUG